CCGAAAAAUCUGUUCUAGAUUUUUAGGGAAUCCCAUUUUCUUCGCUUCCUGGAAUUUCAAAAAAGCUUAAACCUAAUCCGAAUAAUCUUUUCCGCAAUUUUUUGGAUUUGGAUACAGAUGGAGAAGAGGAGACAUUCAAAUGUGAAAUUACUCCAUCGCGAGAAGACAUUCAAAUGUGAAGAUUAUUUUUUCGGUCGUUUUUCCUCAUCUUUUUCGCAUCUGAAUUCUGGAGAGAUGUGUUGUUUAAGAGACCACGCUAUUUAUGCCAGGUAUUUCGGGAUAAUAACUAAUUAUGCACUCCCAAAUGCAUAUGCCUCUAUUUUACGGAUCUUUUUAUAGAAAAUUCAAUUUUCCAUACAAAAAUUACCGCAUUCCUUAUAUAUCUAUAGAUAUAUAGUAACUGAAAUUUUUUGUAAUUAUUAUUUUUCCAUACAAAAAUUAUUGCAUUCCGUGUAUAUAUAUAUAUACGGCAUUUGACGCCAUGUGAAAGACAAUCCACAAUCCUCUUAUAAAGUUUUCUUGAAGAAGAAAUAUGACGGCAUUUGACUAUAUUUGCAAUAUGUCGAGUAACAAGAUGAAUUGGAAUUUGAGGGUACGAAUAGUGAGAUUGUGGCACGUUCCAGACCGCGACAAACCAGACAACACCGUCUCCCUUGAAUUAAUUAUUCAAGAUGAAAAGGGCGAUUGUAUUCAUGCGACUGUUGGUCGGUCACUUAUACGUAUGUUCAAACCAAAGAUAAAAGAAUUGGGUUUGUACGUUAUGAAGAACUUUGUGGUUGGACCAAAUUAUACAAAACUUAAAUACACUCGGCAUAAAUUGAAGUUGGCAUUUACUCAUAAGACGAUUGUAGAGGAAGCAAAUGAUCAUCUUUUUUGUAUGACUAUCUUCGACUUAAAACAUUAUGAGUAUUUGAUAAACAAAAUUGAUGUUGAAGAAAGUGAACUCUUCGAUGUCAUUGGAGAGGUUGUAAGUUAUGGUGAGGUAGAAUCCCAUAACCAAGGUGAUAAAACCAGCAAUUAUAUGAAUGUGGAACUUGAAGAUCAUGAGAGGAAUAAUAUCUCGGCAACAUUUUGGGGAGAAUUCGUUGAUCAAAUCUUGCCACAUUUACAGGGAUCACCCCUUCAGCCGGUCAUAAUUGUUAUGCAGUUGAUAAAAGCUCACAAAUUUCAAGGUAAAUAUUAUGUGCGUAAUACUUGGCAUGCCUCAAAGCUCUGGAUUAACCCGGAUCUUCCUCAAGCUAUUGAUUUUAAGUCCAGAAUGGCAAGUGUGAAUGAAGCUAACUCUGCCAGGAUCAGUCAAAUACCUUCUCAGCCUAGUUAUUCUGUUUCUGAAGAGUUGGCUACUGGAACUGUAGAAGUUAAAACUAUUAGCGAAUUGGUCGACUGCAUGGAGGUGACUAAUGUAUUAAACUCCUUUAGUAUUUAA